AUGCCGUUCAGCAACACCCACAACAAGUACAAGCAGAAGUUCUCGGCCGAGGAGGAGUUCCCGGACCUGUCCAAGCACAACAACCACAUGGCCAAGGUGCUGACCCCCGCCCUGUACCAGAAGCUGCGCGACAAGGAGACCCCCAGCGGCUUCACCCUCGACGACGUCAUCCAGACCGGCGUGGACAACCCCGGCCACCCGUUCAUCAUGACCGUGGGCUGCGUGGCCGGUGACGAGGAGUCCUACGAGGUCUUCAAGGAGCUCUUCGACCCCGUGAUCCAGGACCGGCACGGCGGCUACAAACCCACCGACAAGCACCGCACCGACCUCAACCACGAGAACCUCAAGGGUGGGGAGGACCUGGACCCCAAGUACGUGCUGAGCAGCCGCGUGCGCACCGGCCGCAGCAUCAAGGGCUACUCGCUGCCGCCCCACUGCAGCCGCGGCGAGCGCCGCGCCAUCGAGAAGCUGUCAGUCACAGCCCUGAACAGCCUGGACGGGGAGUUCAAGGGCAAGUACUACCCGCUGAAGGCCAUGACGGAGCAGGAGCAGCAGCAGCUCAUCGACGACCACUUCCUGUUCGACAAGCCCGUGUCGCCGCUGCUGCUGGCCUCGGGCAUGGCCCGCGACUGGCCCGACGCCCGCGGCAUCUGGCACAACGACAACAAGACGUUCCUGGUGUGGGUGAACGAGGAGGAUCACCUGCGCGUCAUCUCCAUGGAGAAGGGCGGCAACAUGAAGGAGGUGUUCCGGCGCUUCUGCGUCGGCCUCAAGAAGAUCGAGGAGAUCUUCAAGAAGGCGGGGCACCCCUUCAUGUGGACGGAGCACCUGGGCUACAUCCUCACCUGCCCGUCCAACCUGGGCACGGGGCUGCGCGGCGGCGUGCACGUGCGCCUGCAGCACCUCAGCCAGCACCCCAAGUUCGAGGAGAUCCUCAAGCGCCUGCGCCUGCAGAAGCGCGGCACAGGGGGGGUGGACACGGCGGCGGUGGGCGCCGUGUUCGACAUCUCCAACGCCGACCGCCUGGGCUUCUCGGAGGUGGAGCAGGUGCAGAUGGUGGUGGACGGCGUCAAGCUCAUGGUGGAGAUGGAGAAGAAGCUGGAGCAGAAGCAGCCCAUCGACGACAUGAUCCCGGCCCAGAAAUAGGG